CGAAUGCUCCAGAACGGGCCCGAAGCGACGUAAACAAGAAGAAGAGGAAGAAGAAGACGCCAUAGCAGAGUGUCUCCUUUUUUUUUCUUUAUUUUUCCUCAAGGGAGCGAUUAAACCUACCUUAGAGGACACUAGGCAGUCAUUCCUAACCACCAGCAGAGGGCAGAGAGGUCACAGAGGUCACGGGUCACCGCUGGGGCCGCCUUGGUGCUGAGGGCAGAGCGUGGAGGUCAGGUCAACUCUAAUACCGUCUCAUCCAGCGUUAUACUUAUAAGUUUGUGCCGGCAAGAUGUCCGUCAUGGGGGCCAACACUCCGAGCAUUGAACUCAGCUCGUACAGGGACCAGCACUUCAAGAAGACUGACCUCAGCUCGUACCGGGACCAACACUACAAGGGAUCCCGGUCGGACCAGGAACGUAUGCUGCGGCUGACAUCCACGCUGUACGUCGGGAACCUGUCCUUCUACACCACGGAGGAGCAGCUGUACGAGUUGUUUGGCCGCGCCGGCGACGUCAAGAAGAUCGUCAUGGGGCUAGACAAGUUUAAGAAGACGCCGUGCGGGUUCUGCUUCGUGGAGUACUUUACCAGAGAAGACGCGGAGAUGUGCAUGCGCUUCAUCAACGGGACCCGACUAGACGACCGCAUCGUACGUACGGACUGGGACGCUGGCUUUAUCGAAGGACGGCAGUACGGGAGGGGGAAGAGUGGAGGGCAGGUGCGUGAUGAGUACAGGACGGACUACGACAGCGGCAGAGGUGGUUACGGCAAGAUCGUACAGCAGAAGAUGCUCCCGAAGCUUACGUAAUCAAGUGUGUGUGGCAGCGGUGGCGGCGGAAGUGAGCCCUCGCUGUGUGUCGUAGCGGGGGCGGAGGUAUGCCGAGAGAGACGUGUGCUGUUGAGGUGGUGAUGAAGGAGGAGUAGGAGAAGGAAGAGGUUGUGAAGUAGGUGAUUAUCAGUGGAGUCUUUUCAAUUUGUUGCCUCAUUUUGUCAGUGCCGUGAAAAUCCAUUGUUAUCAGUUAGUCGGAAAAUAGGAACUCCACUAAUCCAGGUCCAUAAACACAUUAACCCUUAGACGACAGUGGAACUAUAUAUCGUCACCUUCGUAAACAAACCACCUCACUCAUUAUUUUCUACUUGUCAGGGAAUCAGAAAAGAACUCAUCAUCUCAUUUGGGUUAUUUAGGCAGAAACGAAAAGGCCAAUUCUAGAACACUCAAACCCUGAAUGACGAAGGCAACUGUACAAAAAUGGGCAUCACAUGUUGAAAAAUUGAUGUUGACAAAAACCUGGAAAUCGCUGAAAAUGACUUAGGGGAUUAUUUUAUGAGGGUGACGAUAUAGUAACCUAACGCGCUGACAUUGUAACCUAUCACCGCUAAAUUCCUUGUUAGUUUGUGUUUUCGGCUCGUCAUUUUCGGCAGUCGACAGAUAUGAUAAUUUUCUUGUAUUCUUCUGUUUUUUUCUCUCUUGUAUUUCUUGUAUUUUUUUAUCUCUGUUUUUGGCAGUCGACAGAUAUGAUCAUUUUCUUGUAUUCUUCUGUUUUUUUCUUUCUUGUAUUUCUUGUAUUUUUUAUCUCUGUUUUUGGCAGUUGACAGAUAUGAUAAUUUUCUCGUAUUCUUCCGUUUUUUCUUUCUUGUAUUUCUUGUAUAUUUUAUCUCUGUUUUUGGCAGUCAACAGAUAUGAUAAUUUUCUUGUAUUCUUCUGUUUUUUCUUUCUUGUAUUUCUUGUAUUUUUUUAUCUCUGUUUUUGGCAGUCAACAGAUAUGAUAAUUUUCUCAUAUUCUUCUGUUUUUUCUUUCUUGUAUUUCUUGUAUUUUUUUAUCUCUGUUUUUGGCAGUCGACAGAAAUGAUAACUUUCUCGUAUUCUAUUUUUUCUUUCUUUCCUGUAUUUUUGUGUCUGAGCUGCCAAGUUAACUACGCAUUUUUUAUCUCUGUUUUUGGCAGUCGACAAAUAUGAUAAUUUUCUCGUAUUCCUCCGUUCUUUCUUUCCUGUAUUUUUUCUGUAUUACUGUAUCCGAGCUGCCAAGUUAACUAUGCAUUUUUUUAUCUCUGUUGUAUUGUAGGCAGUUGACAGAUUUGGUCCUUGUCUGACAUUAUUCUGCCGGCAAUUCUGAUAUUUUGUCCAACUCUCACCUACUCGUAUAUUUUCUCUCACGUAUUUUGGAAUCAUUUUGCUUCCAUUGACACUUUCUAGAUAUAACCACGACUUUUAUAUAUUUUUUUAACUUACUGUGCACUCUGUCAAUUAUACACAGCCAUGUUAUUAUAUCUACUUAUUAACCGUGUAGCAGCGAUGGGCCAAAUUUGUGCCAUGAUAUAAGCCCCCCAAAAUAGAUGGUACCUAAUCUGAUCACAAAUGCUUUUAUACAUAUCAUGAAAUGGUUUGGUGAGAGGUGAUUUUUUUCUCAUUUUUCUCGCUUGGAGGGGCCAUUAAGAAACAUGAUCCCCGCUGCUACUAUGUUAACUACUAUAUAUACGCCCUAAGAAUGUCACACCCGCUACUUUCUGAUCAUUCUUUUUCUUUAGCUUAUUCUACAUAUAUUGAACGAUACUCAUAUUAUUUCUCCUUUUCAACUGCUGUAUUAAAAGUCAUAUUGUCAUUUCUGGUUUUCAAUUGUUUUUCUUUGUCUUAUUCUACAUAUUGCUAACUAUAGACUGUCACAUCAUUCCUCCUUUUCAACUGCUGUAUCAAAAGUCAUAUUGUCAUUUCUGGUUUUCAAUUGUUUUUCUUUGUCUUAUUCUACAUAUUGCCAACAGUAGACUCAUAUUAUUUCUCCUUUUCAACUGCUGUAUUAAAAGUCAUAUUGUCAUUUCUGCUUUUCAAUUGUUUUUCUUUUUUCUUAUUCUACAUGUAUUGAACCAUAGACUGUCAUAUUAUUUCUCCUUUUCAACUAAUAUAUUAAAAGUCAUAUUGUUAUUUCUGCUUUACAUUUUUUUUCUUUACUUAACUCUACAUAUAUUGAACCAUAGACUGUCACAUUAUUUCUCCUUUUCAACUAAUAUAUCAAAACUCUUAAUUAUUUCUGCUUUACAAUUUUUUUCUUUUUCUUACUCUACAUAUUGCCAACCCUAGAUUGUCAUAUGAUUCCUCCUAUUCAUCUACUCUCUAUAAGCACCCUAAGAAUGUCACACACCCUUAGAGUAAAUCGAAACGCAACAAAAAACGUCACACCAACCCGUCUCUCGGAGCUUAUGUUCGUUCCGUCGUCGCUGCUCGGCCUCGACGCUUUCGACUCCCCAUCAUACAAUACAUUUCGCUCCCACUCGCCGUUUCAUUGUCAUUCUCUCGGCCGAACCCAGUGACACGAGAGCCUGUAGGUCCUUAAGGCGUGUGUGUGUGUGUCUGUGUGUGUGUGUGUGUGUGUGUCAGAGUAUCCACUGUUUAAAUCUGUUUCUGAAGAGGUUUUCCGGGAAGUAUUUAGAAGUCACGUGUUGUUAGUUUAAUAUGUCAUGCAAAAUGGACUUCCUUCUUCUCAAACUCAUUUCUUUUUAAUUACUUACUUAUUCACUUACUUAUUUACCUUUUUUCUUAAUUUACUUAUUUAUUUGUUUAUUUAUUUGUAUUUCGGUGUCUUAAUGAUUGGGGUAAUUCAGAUUGUUUUUGUUGUUUUUGUCAUUGUAUAAGUGCAUAUAACUUCAAUGAGGUCUCGGCUACUCUGAUGUGUGUCUGUGUGUGUGUGUGUGUGUGUGUGUCUAGGUUACGGUAUAUUGAUGUAAACGUAAAAAUAAAAAAUAAAUGAAAGUAUA